AUGGGCAACGACAGCGUGAUACCCGCGCCGGUCGUGGACCAUGUCUCUGAGACGGGCAAGGCGGAGAUUGGUGUCGGUCGCGAGCAUUUGCAUACUGCGCUGCCGCCUCAUGAUACGUAUGAAGGGAGACAUCGGUAUGAUCCUCUGGCGGAAUGGACGGUUGCUGAGGAGAGGGCAGCCGUUAGAAAGACUGAUAUCCGACUAUUGUCUUGGCUUUGUAUCAUGUUCUUGGGUCUGCAACUUGACCGCGGCAACUUGAGCAAUGCAUUGGCUGAUGACCUCUUGGGAGAUCUUGGCCUUACUACCGAUGAUUACAACAAUGGCACUACUAUUCAGCUCGUUUGUUUCCUCGCCGCCGAGUUUCCAGUACAGUUCUUGACAAAGAGAUACGGCUUCAAGAAUGUACUACCAGGAUUGAUGUGUGCUUGGAGCGUUGUGUCAACCUUCCAAGCUUUCAUGACGGGUCGCACCGCAUUCUACAUCACACGAGCUCUUAUUGGCCUUUUCGAGGGUGGUUUCAUCCCUGGUGCCAUUUUGAUGGCGACUUAUUUCUACACCAGUUCCGAGCUAUCAGUGCGCCUAGCUGCUUUCUGGUCUACGCUGAAUGUCGCAAGAGUUAUAUCCGCCCUCCUUGCCGCUGGCUUCCUCGAAAUGAGAGGUGUCGCCGGUCACACCGGUUGGUUCUGGCUUCUCCUCCUAGAGGGUAUUCUCACCCUCGUCAUUGGCGUGGCAUCCUUCCUCUAUCUGCCGUUGAGUCCAACAAGCACCAAAUCUGUCCUCUGUCCGCGCCCAUGGUACAGCGAAAGGGAAGAGGUCAUCAUGAUCAAUCGCAUCCUGAGAGAUGACCCUGCCAAGGGCUUGACCGACAUCAAAGAGCCAGUCACUGUCAAGGAUGUCAAGGCUGCUUGGUCUGACAAGUCUCUCUGGGGCCUGUACCUGGUCGGCAUGAUUGCGUAUAUCCCGGCAACGCCUGUCCAAGCCUACCUGACACUCACGUUGAAGCGUGUUGGAAAGUUCAGCACGCUGGCUAGCAACCUUCUCACCGCUCCAUCUGCUGCCCUCCAAAUUGUUACUAUGCUUGGUCUGGCAUAUAGCUCUGACUACUUCAACGAGAGGGCAUUCCACUGCUUAAUUGGCGAGCUUUGGAAUCUGCCAUUGUUUACUGCACUGCUCACCCUACCGAAUGGCGGAAGGGAAUGGGGUCGCUAUUCAAUCAUUACGCUUAUUUCGGGAUACCCCUACUUCCAUCCCAUUGUUAGCUCUUGGAUCUCCGAAAACAGCUUCGAUGUCAAGAAGCGCGCCAUUGCGGCGGCUACUUAUAACGUGGCAGUACAGAUUGGGAGUCUCAUCGGAAGUCAGAUUUAUAGGAAAUGGGAUGCGCCGUAUUACAAAACCGGCAACACGGUCUGUAUUUCCAUCUUGGCGUUGGCAGUGGUUGUCCUGCUGGUGCAACGGCAGUUCUUGGUGCAUCUGAAUAACAAGAAGAGGCGUGAGUGGAAUGCGAUGAGUACGGAGGAACAAGUGGCGUAUCAGACGGACAAGGAGGCAAGAGAGAUUGAUGGAAACAAGCGUCUUGACUUUUUGUUUGCGCAGUAA